AUGAGUGUGAAAGCUCUUGGGAUAGCUUUGAAGCUCACCUUUUCCGGAACGAACCAACUCAUAUAUCCACAGACAUGGGCUUUUACUAUGGUUGUCAUCUCAUGCAUCAUUACUCAAAUGAAUUACUUGAACAAGGCCCUUGACACAUUUAAUACAGCAGUUGUAUCUCCCAUAUAUUAUACAAUGUUCACAUCUUUAACCAUCUUGGCUAGUGUGAUUAUGUUCAAGGACUGGGACCGGCAAAAUCCUACGCAAAUUGUGACAGAGAUGUGUGGCUUCGUCACCAUCUUCUCGGGGACAUUUCUACUUCACAAAACAAAGGACAUGGCUGAUGGGCUAUCAAACUCUUCUUCA